UUUUUAACUCGUCCCCGUCCCCGUCCCCGUCCCCGUCCCCGUCCCUCACCAUAUUUGUUGCAGCGCUCUCUCUCUCUCUCUCUAGAAAUCACUCUUGUCGUCAUCACCUCCAUCACCAGAAGAAAAUGGGAUUGUGUCUGAAUUCAACUGCUAUUAAUUGGUUUGGUUCGGUUCAAUUUUGGUUUAAAGAAGAAAAUGGGGAUAAGAUUCAUAUUAAUGGUGAACAAGCAAGGACAAACUCGUUUAGCUCAAUACUAUGAAUGGCUCACUCUCGAAGAACGCCGUGCCCUUGAAGGAGAAAUUGUUCGCAAAUGCCUUGCUCGCAACGACCAACAGUGUUCCUUUGUAGAGCAUCGCAACUACAAAAUUGUAUACCGACGCUACGCAUCAUUGUUUUUCUUGGUGGGAGUUGACAAUGAUGAAAAUGAGCUUGCGAUUUUGGAAUUCAUACAUCUCUUAGUUGAAACCAUGGACCGUCAUUUUGGCAAUGUGUGUGAGCUAGACAUCAUGUUCCAUUUAGAAAAAGCUCAUUUCAUGCUGGAAGAGAUGGUCAUGAAUGGUUGCAUUGUUGAGACAAGCAAGUCUAACAUUCUGAGCCCAAUACAACUGAUGGACAAAACAUCAUAAAUGAUUGAUUAGGCACAAUCGUUCUCACUUGGACUUGUGACGAGUUAGUAUUUUUUGUUUAUCUUGCUGUGUAUUGUAAAAUAAGCUCGAUCUGAGACAUUUUCCCUGUAUAAAACUCUGUUGUUGUCAGCACAAUUUAUUUUUAAUACCUUAAUCACUCUUUCAACACAA